AUGUCCCCCCGCGUCCCCCCCAAAGGUGUCUACGUCCCCUCCCCGACCUUCUUCCUCCCCCGCUCCUCCUCCUCCUCCCCCGAAAGCACCCACGGCCAACUACCCGUCGACAUCCCCUCCCAAACAUCCCACUCCAUCUUCCUCGCCCGGUCCGGCAUCACAGGUCUGGUGCUGCUAGGCUCGACAGGCGAGGCGAUCCACCUCUCCCGCACCGAGCGCGCCUCCCUCGUCUCCGGCGUCCGCAAAGGUCUCGACGAAGCCGGGUAUCCCAACUACCCCAUCAUGGCCGGCGUCUUGACCAACGGCAUCGACGAGACCCUUCAAUGGCUCGACGACUACGCCUCCGCCGGUGCAGGUUGGGGUUUGGUGCUCGUGCCGGGGUAUUUCGGCGCUGCUGCUACCACGCAGGAGGGGAUAGUGGAGUAUUUCAGGGAGGUUGCGAAGCGGUCGAGGAUACCGGUGCUGGUGUACAACUACCCUGGGGUGACGAACGGGGUGGUGGUGCAGCCCGAGACGUACACCAAACUCGCGGGGUUGGAGAAUGUGGUUGGGGUUAAGAUGAGUCAUGGGAACGUGUCGAUUCAUUUGCAGGUCGGGCUUGACCCGGGGAUUGAUCAUGAGGAGUUUAGGGUGUAUAGCGGGUUUGGGCAGCAGUUGGGGCCGGUGGUGUUGUUUGGGGGGGCCGGGGUGAUUGAUGGGUUGGCGGGGUUUUAUCCGAGGACGGUGGUGAGGUUGAUGGGGUUGGUGGAGGGGGGGGAGCUGACGGGGGAGAGGAGGAAGGAGGUUCAGAGGUUGCAGUAUGUGGUUAGUAAGGCGGAGGAGUUUAUUGUGAGGUAUGGAAUUUUUGGGAUUAAAGAGGCGGUGUUUAGGGUUACAGGGUUGGGGACGCUGGAGAAGGGGAGACCGCCGCUGCUGGGGGGGCUGGCAGAGGGGGAGUGGGAGAGGGGGAGGAAGUUGUUUUUGGAGGAUAUUGAGAGCGUUGAGGAGGAGUUGAAGGGGACGUGA